CACUACUAUAUAACAAAUAAUUUGAGAUAGAAUUGACCAUGGGUUGCUGUUCGUAUGCAAAGCUUAAAAGUGGCUUGGUGCUUCUCAACAUUCUCUACAUGUUGAUUGCACUGAUAAUGAUAGCAGUGCCAGCCUUUGCGUACAAAAUGAACUACUUCACAAGCUACAGUCUGAUAGGGUUUCUGAUUGCUGCCGGAGUUUUCCUCUUCCUCUUCUCAUUCUUGGGACUGUGCGGAGCUCUACACCACCACCAAGUCAUGCUCUUCUUCUACAUGGUAGUAUUAGGGUUGCUGUGUAUCGUGCAGUUCGCAUCCUCCAUCACCCUGGUGGCUAUUAACACUGAGCAACAAGCCGAGAUUCUCAACAAAUCCUGGGUAACCGCUACUAACCACAGCCGAGAUGAGAUACAGAGAAAGUUUAACUGCUGUGGAUUUGAUCAGAAUGUCACUGAUUCUAUCCUCCCUCCUCAGAAUUGCUCGGUUCUUACCUGUUGCGCAAACCUGUACAAGACAGACGAGACACAGUGCUACCUAAACGAGACAAUUGGACCAGAACCCAACAAGACUGUUACAGACACAGGUUGUCACGCCUGUACUGACGAGGUAUCAGACCAGUUCUCUUACGCAGUGAAAGUGUCCGGUGCUGUGGGGCUCUUCUUCUCCUUCACAGAGUUGAUUGGCAUUAUCUUGGCGAUACAGUACAGAAACACCAAGGAUCCAUCCAGAGCUUACAGCUUCCCUGGACACGGAGGUUUCACAAGAGAAUAAGAGGGUUGCUGGAACUUUUACCACAGACAUUGUGAUUACUGAUUAAUUUAUAUUGAAACUAUUUGAACAAUGCGCUCAUGCUAUUCAUGUUAAUACUUCUUAGUAUAGAUAAAUAUUUGUAAUAAAACUAUUUGAGUCAUUCAAUCUGCAUAAAUGUGAUGUUUUAUUAAAUUUUCAAGUUUUUGCAGAUGAUAAAUUGAUAAUAUCUAUUUAAACUUAGCAGAAUUAUUUUAAAGCAGUGUUUAAAAGAUCAGUUGUAAGUUGAUAUAUAGAUUUGACUAGGCUGGCCCAGACGAUUCUUAUUUUAUUGACUAGAUUACAACAGAUUACAUUCCCAAGAUUGCGGUUUAUUCUUGUUCAAGAAGAUCUGGUAUUUUUAUGUAUUACGUAGUUGGCUCUUUGAUGUUCUGGAUGAAUUCUCGACGACAAUUUGUUGUAUUAUUAACGUGUGGAAAUGUUUUCGACUCAUUCCUUGACUAUGAAUCAUCAUAAUAUUACAAUUUUUACUUUUUCAAGACUCAAAAGUCUUUAGGUAAUGAACAUAAUCAACUAAUCCUACAUAUUACACAAACGAUACAAACAUUUUCGACUAAGACGCUUUGUUGUUUGUACCGUCUAUUUCUUACAAUGUACAAGUUCGGUUGAUGUUUUCGAUGAAAUAUAAGAAUAACAUGUUAAAUUUUCAAUCUUCAGCCUCUGAAGUUUUCACGACAAUUAUUAUUGGUGCUGUAUUCAAUUUUAUUAAUUUCAAAGAGUUGCAAAACUGAAACAA